UAUAUCAGUUUAAAAAGUUAUUUACAAGGUCUUGUUAGUGUAUUACAACAAGUACUCGUCUCUCAUCUAAUUUCUUGCCAGGAUUAAGAAGUGAUUCUUUUUUGACAAUUUCACAUAACUGAUUUUACUUCGUUGUCCUGUUGAUGUUUUCUUUGCCGUACAAAACAAGGGACAAGAUGGUCUGUUUUAUAAGGAGAUUCAUUUACUCUAUUCUUUGCGUCGGUUAUAUGUGUUAUGGGCAUGAUACUUGGAUGUGCACAACAAACACAGAUGCGCUCGUGGCAAACACGUGCUUAAAGGAAAUGGAAGAGAAAGUUCAUGCAUUAGAAGUUCAGGUACAACAACUCCAGAAGCUUGUUCAAGAACAAAACACUUCUCGGUAUACGACCAUAGAAGGCUUCCCGAAAGACUGUUUGGAAUUAUUCGAAAACGGUACAAGAACAGACGGAGUUUAUUCUAUCUCACCAGACGGAAGAUGUCCUUUCUUUGUGUAUUGCGACAUGACAAACGGGGGUUGGACUUUGAUCCAGAAUCGGAUUGACGGUAAAGUAAACUUUUAUCGGCCUUGGAAUGAUUACGUUAGUGGGUUUGGUGAUAUCGAUGGCUCUCACUGGUUAGGUUUGGAGAAAAUUCACCGUCUAACUCGAGAAGGCAGUCAGAUACAUUUUGAUAUAGAAAAUUAUGAUGGGACAAAAGAUUAUGCGCAUUACCAAGUGUUUACCGUUCAAGGAGCGGCAACUGCAUACACUAUGAACGUUGAUGCCUUUAAUUAUGAGGGUAGCAUUGACGAACUACUGAGUUACCAUAACAAUAUGAAAUUCACAACGUAUGACAGGGACAACGAUAUUCUUUCAAGUAAUUGCGGUGUUAAGUACGACGGGGGAGGAUGGUGGUAUAGAGACUGCUACAUGUUGGGAAACCUGAAUGGUGUAUAUGGUAAAACUCAGGAAGGUGGCAUCAGCUACUGGGGAUCAGUAGGGAAUAUUCCGAUUCAAAGGGUUACUAUUAAGGUGAAAGUCAUACAUGGUCAAUGUUUAACUCAGAAAUGAAAAUGCCAUUUUCUCGUUUCAUUUAACAAUUAGACAGCUUUAAACGAAGGAAUGCUGUUGCUAGACUUUACAUUCUUAUGUGACUUUAUGUGCCUGUUUACUGAAUUACGAAAUCUUAUACGCUAAAAUUUUCAAGUGUGUUUUUUCCAUUUUUAUUAAUAAAGUAUAUACAGUCAAUCUUGUCUGUAAAGAUCACCAAAUGGAAAUGAAAUAAGUGGCUUUUGUUGAUAGGUGGCCAUGAAAGGACGUAACUUUACACAUUUUAUGGUUUAAAGGGAAGAGAAAACAGUGGCCUUUACACUACGGCGGCUAUAAUUGAUACGCUUUAGGAUUCUGCAGCUGGUAGGAGAAGUUAUUAAAACGUGACAAAGAAAAAAUGAUAUUGUAAAUAACAGAAAAAUAUGGCAGUUAAUGAAAGGCUUACAUUAAGGAAUUAGGAGCUGAAAAUUGCGUAACAUUUUUAUUAUUUCAAACGAUAGUGUUUUAGAAAAAUAGGAAAAAACGUAUAAAGAACUUAUCCCUUCACUCCGUAUCAAUAGCCGUAUUACGUGAUCUGAAACAGGUAAACAUUCUCACUACACUGCAAGGUGAAUGCCUUUACAAUGGAUUUACAACCAUGACAGAUUAAUAACCACAGUCAAUCUAUUUCUCAUUACUUGCUAAUAAAUAAACAAUUAGACCCUCAACCAUUUAAGCCCAGUCUUUACAACAUUCAACAGAUAAUUUCAGAAAUGGCCUCUAGUAGUUCUUUGAAUUGGAAUAAAAAAUUAAAAGGAGUUCUAAAAUAUUGCUGAUUACUUAAAAGAAAGAGGAAAUAAAACAGGGUAUUUGAAAAAGGAUACAAUUUUAUAUUAAAAGUUAUAUACACGAUGCGUUUGUUUGUAAAACAGAAAAUGAAUUCCUUCUAAAAGCAAAAUGUUGUCGAAAUAAGAGGAACAAUGCAUUUCCACAUAUAUUGUCUAAAUGAAUCAAAAGUUCUUGACGGACAGUGCAGCUGUUUUGCUGGGUGAAUUAAAAAUGUGUAGUUUCAUUUAAACAAUUGAAACUUAAUUAAUUUUGUGUGUGUUAUUGAUUCAAGAUAAUACUAGUUAAUUUUUGCAAUGUGUACAUGUGGUAUGUAAACACACUGGCUGUGAAACUCUGUGUAUACCUGUUUCGGAUCACGUGAUCAAUUUUGUCUAUAUGGAGUAUAUGUAUAUUAUUAAAUUUCGUGAUUUUUAACUUAUUCUAAAUUCAGUUCUCCGGCGAUUUGAUGUUCUGCAUCAAAAUUUUACUUGUUAGGACUGUGAUCAUGUUUGAUUUAUCUAUAUAAAACACCUUUCCAAACUUAUAUAGGUUUAUAGACAUAUUCUUUCUUAACAUAGUAAUUAUAAAAAAGAUAAAAAUCUUUGAAGAUAGAUUUUAGCGAUUAAAAUUUUAUAAAGCUUAAUACGCCACCACACAUAUACCUUUACGGUAGUUAUUUUCAUAAUUAUUGUAUUUUGUGCUAAACAUAUAGUUUUCUUUUGCUUAAUACGUUUUAAGUGUAGAUGCGGUUUAAAACGUCAACUUGUAGUAGAACCCCGAUUUUAAAUUCAUCAUGUAACAAAAAAAUGUCCCAUAAAUCUUGCCUGAUAUAUUUUUUGUUAUCACGUCAAUGACCAGAUAACAAAAAUUUGCCCCGCCCAUAUUGACGGACUAGUUUUCACAUUAGUUCAAUUCCAAAUUCAGUUUUAAAGGGUCCAGUUUAAAUGUUGCUUGGCGAUUUUCUAAACGAUUCUAUAAUCCCUCUGUUCUUCUGUCCGUCUCCAUUUGAUCGAACUGACUAUAGUACCUAAUGACGUCAUUGUAUAACGUAAAUCAUAACAUCCUUAUGUUUACCAGAUCGAUUCUUGGAAAUUUUUAUACUAGCGUAUACAAAACGGGAAUCCCGUGCGAUUGGAAAAUAGAUUAAUGGCAACAUAAACCAAACUGUUAGAAGGUAACAAAAAGACAUGUCGCCAGUCCGAGUUCCGUGACUGGACCGAUCUAUGACGUCAUCACAGUGGCGGCCAAAAUUUGAAAAUAUAACUUUUCUUAUCUUAAAAUUUACUUAAGUUACGCAGCAAAAUUUGAUAUUAUUUUCUUUAAUUUUCUAUAUAUGAUGUCAAUAUAAUAACAGUAUUGAAAUAUAUAAACAAUUACAUGAUGUGAAAUAAUCAAAAUAUAUCUUACACCACCCACUUUAUUUCAACAGAUUUAUUUGUUGUUGAAUAAAUUUUUUUCGUGUAUGCUUUACCAUUAGAAUAUACGAAUAUCAUAAUAUUCCAACAGUGGUGAAGUUUAUAUAUAUAUUAAACUACCUAAAAGUGAUGUAUACAUGUCAAUUUCGAUAUUUAUGUAGCCUGUACAAUGGAACAAAGCUCUGCUACACAUAAACAUUAUUCUGUACAAAUUUGCCGGAUCAGCAUUCGCAUCGCGUUGAAAUGCGGAAUGAUUUUAAACAUCCGCACUUAACUAAAUGUAAUGAUUAGAAUUCAUGCAAAUAAACCCUUACAUUCUUAUAAUGGUUCGUUCCCGGUAGAUAUGUUUUAUAUUGAUAGAAGUCUUUCAAAUGUUAGAUUAGUAGUUUCCAUAGGAUCUCAGAACUUUAUUGAACAGUAAUGGAGUCUUUGAAAAAUAUACUUUCCUUAGUCCACAGUUUCCAUUGUUACUGUCAUUUUAGAAUAUUUCAGCCAUUUUAGGCCAGUCGGUGGCAUGCAUGCAAUUUGCAAAAAGGAAACUUUUCAUGAUGGAUAUAAGCAUUUUCCAUUGUCUGGCAUUCUGAUUUAACUCUUGAAAGGUCUAAGAUAACUUUAUCAAUCGUCAAGUGCUUGCAAACAAUAUCUUAUAACAUUUUUUGGAGAAUUGUCAUACUAGUUCUAUGAAAGCACUCUUGCUAUCACAAAUGUCUUCUUAAAUUAAAAAAUGUUCAACGGGUAAGAACGUAUGGCAACCAUUUACAAUUUUUUUAUUGGAAUAUAUUCACCGUAAGUAGAGAACGAUCGCUAUAUGUUAUUAUUGGUUGGUUAUUAUCUGAUUUAGAUGGGUUUAAAGUAGUCUUUUAGUUCAGUACUUCUUAAUAUUGAAUGCAUAAUACACCGACUGCAAGUUGUAAAUGUUAUUGGCUAUGACUACGAACAGCUGUAGAAGGUUUGUGGAUGUUUGCGUACAUGUAAGGGUCGAGCACGUAAGAUUCUGUGACGAGUUGAGAAUGCGACUGUUUACGACAUGUUCAAAUUGUCACUUUUGCUUUCCUCGGAAGGACCAAGAAUCAUCCAACGUGGAAAACGUGCAAUAAAAUAGAUAUAGACUUUCAAAGAAGAUCUUGAUUAUCAGCAGUAGGUGUAACUGAUAAUGUAAAUACCAGGACUGAGUUGCGGUUUCAACCUAUUAUAACCGUAUUCUGGAGACUGCAAGAAUUCAAUAAUUACAGUUUUCACUGAUGGAGAUUAAUCUACCGUUCUAUUUCCGCACUACUUUUAUUGAGUUUUUACGCGUAUAUCGACCGUUAAUCUCUCUAAAUUAUUUCUAUGCAAACGUUUCUGGUCAGGUUUAACAAUCAUUUUAAUGCACAUGAUAAAAGAAAAUAUAUCAAGUUAUACAUCUGUAAAAAGCUCAGAUCGCAAGUUUUCGAAUUGUGUAUAACGAUAUGAAUGGUCAAUGUUAAAACACUGGCGAUGAUGUUUUCCUCUCCGGAAUUUUUUUUAACAGUAAAUGAUAUAUAACUGACGAGAUAUGAAAACGUAACACACAUAUGCCUGAAUAUUUUUUUAACUACGAAAAGCACCACCUUAAAAUGUUCAACACAUACACAUGUCGAUACUCUAUACCCAUCGUAUUCAAAUGCAAUCAGCACAACAGACCAUAGAAUUAACACAAUAGGUAUAGAGUAUCGAGAUGUGUUGGUGUUGAACAUUUCAAGGUGAUUUUUUCUGUAGCAAAAUAUAUUCAGCUAUAUGUUUGUUACGUUUUCAUAUCUCCUCAGUGUAUAUAUUUUCGUUAAAUACAAGAGCAAAUCCCAUGGUUCUACAAAAUUCUGAGCGUUUCUUGUAUUAUAUACAUGUACUUGUUCAUAUUAAUAUUUUAAUUGUCAGGAAGCUUUAAUUUCAUAGUAUUUCAGUUAUAAUGGAUAAUAUGCACUGAUUGCCAUUUUGUUUGUAGACUUUUUAACAUUAUUUUCUUCAUUAGACACACAUGUUUGUGACUAAUUCUGUUAUGGGUUGCAAAGUUGUUUUGUACUGUUUAUUUUAUGCCUUCAUAAUACUUUAGCUUAAUAAACCCGUGUGUUGCUUGUA